GUUUUUUUCGAACUAAAUUCCCGAUAUUCGCUGUAACAAUAUUGAAUAGAACGAGUUGUCAAACCAAAAUUAAAAAUUUAUUUAUGCAAUAUUCUUCGCAACAAGAAAACUAUUUGUUAUUAAUUAAUAUUUUAACCUAGUUUUUCUUCUCCACCAUCCAAGAUUCUUUGAGAUCUUAUCUGUUUUACAGUUACUAAAACUCUGCAAAUAUAUAUUAAAAAUUUGCACGAUCUCUUUAAAGUUUUUUCUUAAUUGUUUUCUCACUCUGCCCUCUUCUUCUUCUCUUUCGUUUGUGGCUCUCACGCUCUUAUGUUUUAGUUUAUUCAACAAUGAAUCUAUCAAUGUGAGUUGUUUUGUUUUCUUUUUUUUCAGCUCUCUAUUGGCUCAAUGAUUGAUCUCAAUGCAUUCUUCUUUAUGGUUUUUGUAUUCUUUCUUUUUUCUGUUCAGAAAAGUUUGAAGAAUUCUCUUGCAUGUUUUUACGAUUGUCGUCAACAACACUGAGAGAUAAUUUGAGUCUAUAAUCUGGUAUUUUGGAUUAACAGAGAUUAUGACUAAUCCUUCUCGGAAAAUCAUUUGCUGACGGAUAAUUUUUCACCAAGAGAAGUUUUUAAGAUAAGAAGUUUUUUAGAGAUGAAUUUCACAGAAUCAAUGAACGUUGUGCACGCCAGAAUCCAACAACUUGAACCAGAGAAUGCAGCAAAGAUCUUUGGUUAUCUCUUGUUGAUGCAAGAAAAUGGCAACCGCGACAUGAUCCGUCUCGCGUUCUGUCCUGAUUCUGUUAUGUGUUCUGUCAUCAAUUGCGUUAAAUACGAGUUAGCUAGGAAUUCUCAUCAUUACCACAGCCCUCCUUCUGAUCACAUUCCUACUCCCAAAUUUGGAUCAUUCACCGGUUCAUCGCCUCUUUCGGUUUCGGUUUCUCCUCCCAUGAAAACCGGUUUUUGGGAGAAUUCAACCGAGAUGGAUACCUUGCAGAACAAUCUUCAGUUCUUGAAUUUUGAGGAUCCUUUGACCAGCCCUGAAUUCUCUAACGGGUUCUUCUCUCAAGAACGUCAAUGUUUGCCUUUGCGAACUAGCCGAAGAUCCCCGAGUUUACCCGAGUUCCCGGUAAAAAUCUGCCAUUACUUCAACAAAGGGUUCUGCAAACACGGCAACAACUGUAGGUACUUCCACGGGCAGAUUAUACCGGAGAGGGAGAGUUUUGCUCAGAUGUUUAAUCCAAACAACAACCUAAGUGACGAAGAGCAUGUUGUUUCCCCUGUAUCUCUUGAGAAGCUAGAAGGUGAGAUCAUUGAGUUACUCAAGUUAAGAAGAGGAGCUCCAAUCUCCAUAGCUUCAUUGCCAAUGAUGUACUACGAAAAAUACGGUAGGACUCUUCAAGCUGAAGGAUAUCUCACUGAGUCACAAAGACAUGGCAAAGCUGGCUAUAGUCUCACCAAGCUUCUUGCUCGCUUGAAGAACACGAUUCGCCUCGUCGACAGGCCUCAUGGGCAACAUUCAGUUAUAUUAGCAGAGGAUGCAUCAAAGUUUGUGGAAUACACUGGAGAGAGAAAUGAACAUGGAGCAAUCCUUGCUGGUUCUAGACAGAUUUACUUAACGUUUCCGGCAGAGAGUAGUUUCACUGAACAUGAUGUCUCAAUCUACUUCACCUCAUAUGGACAUGUGGAAGAUGUGAGGAUUCCUUGCCAGCAGAAAAGAAUGUAUGGAUUUGUAACAUUUGCUUCCUCAGAAACAGUUAAACACAUUCUUGCUAAAGGCAAUCCUCAUUUCAUUUGCAAUGCACGUGUUCUAGUCAAGCCUUACCGGGAAAAAUCACGCUCUAGUCGAUACCUCGACAAUUACAAGCCUCUACACGGCAUGCGAUAUGGCUCUAAAUUUAUUGAGAGAGACAUAGAGAUGAACACAUUGCCACCGCGGGUUAGUGAGAGCUCAAGAAUGAGGAAGCCAUUUCUUAGUGAGCCUGAACAAUCAGUUUCUAAGUCCUUACCUACUAAUUACUCCUACCUCGGCUUCUCCUCGGAUGACUUCAAGUUAACAUCAAAUGCGGAGCAAGAGGAACAAGCAGAACGGUUGAGCUACCUACUGGACUAUUUGAACACGGAAGAUAAUGUCAUGAACAUAACCACUAACUACAGAGACAAUGAUCGGAGAACUCAUUGUGAAUCGUUGGACAGUCAAGUCCUGAAUCUACCCGAGAGUCCGUUUUCUUCCCUUUCGGGGAAGGAGAUUUCAACGGUUACAUAGAGAGAAAGACUGAUACCUAACCAAAGGGAGAGAAAAACAUAGGAGCAUAAAGGUUAGAGGGAAUCCCCAAAGAUCUAAUCAAUCGGCAAAAAAGAGAUUUGUUUUUUCAUUAUCUUCUUUCGGUUUUAGACUGAUCGAUGGCAUGGAGACUUUUAGGUUCUUUAGCAAUAACACCACAAAGAAAAGGAAAUAAAAAGUGACAGAGAAACACACAAAGAAGAGCUGUUAGCUUCAGGUUUACAAAAAGAGCCGAGCAGUUUGAGAAACAUUAAGUAAAGGGGUAUAAUAAUAAUUAUAAUAACAUUUGGAAUGUUUUAUGAAGGUUAAUUUUCUAUUUGUUCUUUUUCUUUUCAACUUUUUUUAUGCUACUUCAUCAUAUUUCAUUGUAUCAUAUCCUUUUUAGUUUUAAGAAAAAAAGGUUUUCUUGUAUAUAUAUAAAAUAAUAAUAAUAAUAAUUGAAAUUUAAAC